UUCAAAUUUGAGUCAUCAUCCCUUUGAAAAGCAAUAUACCUUCCAGAGAUACCUCAUUACAGUCAAACUUUUCACAGAACAACACCUCCUUCUCUCUGAACAAUGGCCCAGCUGUCCUUUUUCGUUACCAUAAUUUCUCUAUCAAACCUCCUGCUCCUGUUCUGUGAUGAUUCCUUAAAUUGCAGUGACAAAGAAUAUGCCUGGCCCAUGGACACUAAUCAACACUGCUGUUUGAGAUGUCCACCAGGUAAAUUCCUGCUGGCACGAUGUUCCUCUAACUCCAAUGAGAGCGGAUGUGAGUCCUGUCCUACAGGCCAGUAUACAGACUCCUUCAAUCUGGACCCCAGCUGCCCCUUCUGUGCCUCCUGUAACCCCAGCUCCUGGCUGGAAGAGGAGUCCCCCUGCCAGAUCGAUUCCAACACGGUGUGCCGCUGUCAGCUGGGAUUCACCUGCAAAUCAAAGGAGUGCCAGGAGUGUGAACCGAUACCAAACUCCACCCCGCCAACCCCCAACCUGUGGUCGUUGGUGAACGGAUGGACCCUCCUAGCGACAGGAUUACUGCUGCUCAUGUUCCUGUGUUACUUCCUCCGCAUCAAGAUCAAGAGCGGCGCCUCUCUGUGCAAGAGCACAGGUCAUGAUGCAAUUGAAAGUGCAGAAGAAGAAAAUGAAUUCCUGCCCGUCCAAGAGAUGUGUGGCAAACAUGAACAACAAAUGGUGGACGUUUGAAAAGAGAAUGUUUGCACUGAGUGACGGGGUUUCCCACACACGCACACAAGAAAGAGCCCAGUUGCGGGUGUCACCAGCAGAGAGGAGUGCCACAGAGGAACACGACCAGGGACAAUUACCAAAGAUCAUUACCAUGAGCUACACAGGAAAGGGAAGGAUAGGAAAUCGGGAAGGAUAGGAAGGGUAGGAAUUGGGGAAUUGGGACAGAGGAAUGUUUACUUACACACUAAGGAAGGGGCCUGGCUGCCAAAAAGUACUUGGAAACCAACCAAAGGUUUAUGGGUGGUUUUUCGGUGGUCAGACAGGAAAUAAAGAAACAAUGGUGAUGUUGAAUGUGAUGCUAAAACAAGAAAGAUAAGGAAUGGAUCAGAUUAGAACAGAGUACAAUGUCUUGGUUUACGUUAUUAGUAAACAUUACUUACAUGCAAUGUCAAAUACCUUUUGUAUAAUUAUUUGGUUCUGAGGGAUGUCUUAUCUACAGAUAAAUUGUUUUACAAAAAAAUAGUAAUAUUUGUUAAAUUGCAAUCUCUUUAUCAUUCAUUCACAUUCUUUUAUCCCAUUUUGUUUUCCUGGAGGCUCUUUCAGAGCACUGUUCAGAACCUCUUCAUCCCGACCGAACCCAGAACCGGGCCACCAUCCCGUGUUUAUAUAGUAGCUAAAAGGUGUUUAUCUUCAGGCAGAAAAAAGGGUCUUUAUCGACAUCUUGUGUUGGCAUGAUGCAAUUGCAACGGUGUGGCCUAGCGUCAUCUAUUCGUGCUGACCUUUCAUUAGAGGGGUCUUAUGUUAAAAUUGAAGAAUGGGUUCUUGGAAUAUUAAUCUGUUAGUAUCUCAUAUCGUCUCAUCCUAUUUGUAUUGCAUACAUAUAUAGUUUUUCAUUUGUUUGCGUUGGCUUUAUUGUUUUUAUUUGGAGACUCCACCAUAAUGUUUAAUAGCCAUUGCAUAUUGUCUAUGGAAAAGUCAACGCCAUUGAAUUAAUAUCAUAGCAAUAUUGUUCUUUGAAAAUAAUAAUAAAGUAAUCUGAAUUUA